AGAUUUUUUGAAAUAGUCAAUCGGAAGAGUUAUAUUUGACAAAUACAUUUUUAAAUAUUAACAGUCUUGGUGACUCUGUCAGAGAUAGAUAAAUACCUACAUUGAUGAGGAGUAAUUACUCCAAAACCCGUCUUUUAGGCGAUCCACUGAGUUUUCAGUUUCAAUUUGUCACAUUACUUCACUCAUGACAAUAUUUGUAAAGUGUCAUACUAUUUUUAUUUGAAAGUUUUCACGUAAUAUUUCUGGCAAAUAUAUCGUGCUAUUGAAAAUUAACCAUUAUUUGAAUACCUUUUUUUAUACCUAUGUUAGGAAGUGUCAAUGUGACAAAACGUUCAGAGAUGUCCGAGAUGUCUGUAAAAAACCAACCAAACUGGCCUUACUUUGCUCCCUUUGAAGUGGUAAUACAUAACACACCGGAUGACUGUUGGGUCUCUAUACUAGGUAGGGUGCUAAAUGUUACUCCCCUCAUCAAGGAACACCAGGGAGAAAAAUGUAUCAGACCUAUACUAUCCAUGGCGGGAAAGGACAUUUCCUGCUGGUUUGAUGAGAAAACUGGAGAUAUUCAACACUACAUAAAUCCCGAGAAUGGGUGCAGAGUGCCUUACUGCCCUCAUGGUCCAAUUCCAGAUGUUCCGCUUCAAGUUCCAGCCACAAAUUGGAGACCAUUGGGAAGACUGCCUUGGUGGAAUGAUCCAAAGUAUCAGAUAGGAUUACUAACAAAACGAGUGCGACCAUUGAGAAUCAUAAAUAUGACGAACCCUUUCGAUAAGGAAGUUUUGCUGAAUGUUUGCUGCGAAGACACGUUUCUCCGAAUACAAGAAAGAUAUUCAUUUUUCAACUCAAAUGCCGAGAGUUAUACGUGGAGAGGCAUUGACAAGAAUAUAUUCAUGAACAAAACCCUCGAUGAAAACGGUUUUCCUGAUGAAAGAGACCUUUUCACAAAAUUAGGAUUACCUCAGACGUAUUACAUUCCCACUGUAUUUCUCUACUAUAAUGAUGAUUUGAAAUAUCCUGAUCUCAGUGACGAUGAAUGUAAAAGUUUGAAUGAUAAUUAAAGGCCAUUAUUUGGUUUA